UUCUCAUGCCGGAUUCAGCCACGAAUAAAUGAAGGCCCACAGCGCAUUCCAUUCCUCGCGAGAACUCCGCUGCAUCAGCUCUGCGCCGAGAUGCCAUGCGAUGCAUACGAAGCAAGGCUGCUGCUGCUGCUGCGGCUUCGCGGGAUCUAUCACCACAAGCCCCCCGCUGCUGACAAAAUUAGCAUGCGACCGAGCUCACUAAGAAAAGCGCCACAGAAGGCAGAAUGUGCGCAGGAAGGAAGCCGAUACCCCGGUUGCCACUAGCGGAAAGGGCAGAUUGAGAGUAGAGGUAAGCAGUCGCCUUAGCCUCCCUUUGUUGCUGUCCACAUGAGCGACCCGUCUUUGCUGGCCUCUCAAUUCGCCGUCUCCAUCGCGCAAACCAAGGCUCUUGUCUCUUCCUGGCUAGUAGAGGAUUCACCUGAAAACACAAACGAAAAAUCCAACAAUGGUUCUUUGCAUGGUAGUGUGCGUCGCGGGAGCGUACGCGGCAGAGAAGCUGGAGAAGCGCAAGGAAAAGAAGCGCAUGCUCGCGGAAAUGGCAGAGAACUCUCUGCCGGUGGAAAAGGACGGCAGCCAGCUCACAAAGGUGUCGAGUCAGGAGACGCUCGCGGCCGGACAGGAGAUGGCCAAGACCGAGAAGGGCACAAACACCAGCGGCAGCAACUACAACAGCGAGACGAUGUCGCUGGCAAGCACGGCGGUGGCUCCGUCGGUGAAGAGCAGCAAGAAGAAGUUUUGGAAGAAAAAGAUCUCGGCUUAGGUGGCGAGGUCGAGUUUGCAAAGAAGUAUACUGUUAUCGUGGGCCGAGGUGGCAUAGGAACGCCCGCUCCACCUGACAGCACAAACACAGAGACUAAUGGGGGUGGGCCAGUGAGUUCGUAUCGGCAGAGGAAGACGAUGGAGUUUAUGCAGAAACAAAUACAGAAGAAGGCUCAGCGGCAAGCACAGCCUAGGCCGGUGGCUACAAAAGCAGAGCCGGACGAUGAUGAUGAAGAGGAGAGCAGGAGCUCGAUCGGAAGGUCCAGUAAUAAUGUUGGCAAGAGCGAUGUGUUUGGAGAUGUUGAUAGCAAGAAACGAAAGAUGGGCUCUGUUCUGGAUGACGUGCUGUCGCAAAGGCAACAUACACCGAAAAAGAAGAAAAAACAAAAAAAAGAAGUCCGAAGAGGGUGCUGAUGUUUAGUA